GGCCAGGGAUGAUGGCGGGGGAACGAGCCUAAUGGAACAGCCGGGAACUGCACCUCCGCGAGAAACCCCUCUCCCGCCCGACCGUACAGGUGCGGUUGCCAAGGUACCCCGCGUGGCGGCCAGGGGCGGGGAGCGGGGUAAGCGCGACUCGCGAGAUUUGGAUUCGGCCAAUGGGAGGCGGGGGAGGGGAAGACGUGGCGCGGAGCUCGUGGGCGGGGACGGGGCGGGCUCCACCCCCUUUCCCCUCCCCUCCACCCGCCGUGCCGCCCCGCGGGGGCGCGCGCUUAGGAACGCGGGGCCCGGCCUUAUAAAGGGGGCAGGGCGAGGCGCGCGCUCCACUCCGCAGAGGACGCCUCCGCGGGCUGUGCCGUGCGCCUGCGCAGCGCGGGCAGCUCCCCGCCCCCGGCCCGGUUGCCCUCGCCGCCACCGCCGCUGCACCUAG